UAAUCGCUUUUGUCACAUUCAGAUUGUCCCUGCUCCCUCAGUCACCUCUGCGCGCUGAGCCCGACCAGCUCGGGUUGGAUUCUCUAUCAGCCCAACUUCAUGUUUUAAGUUCUUCCAACAUGAAGCAGUCGUAAUCUUGGGGAGGAGAGAAACACCAAUCCUCGAAGUAAAUCACCAGGCUGAUGAGGCUUCGCUUGCUUUUGUUUUGACAGACCUGUGCCCAGUAAAUUUGAUUUCCGGAGUCAGUCAUCUUGGCGUCUUCUUCGACAGUUCCCAAAGGGUCUGGAAUCCACCAGAAACCGAAGCCAGGGAGAGCGUGCUUGCCUUGGUCACUGCGCGGAGCAGCCACCUGCUUGGGAGCGCGGCAUUCACACACCAGUUGGAGACUAGGCUUGGGAAGUUUUCCACGUAGAUGGUGCCUCUCUCGUGGAUGGACGGGGAGAAAUAACAUCUGCAGAUUGCUGCCAGACACCCUGAGAACACAAGCCCACCUGGUCUUUGGUCCCCUUGCUGAAUGGCAUUCGCUGCGGUAGCCCACUGAGGGCUACUUUCCUGGGGAUUCAGGGUUUGGGCACGGGACUCCAGUCUGGGAAGAUGCUCAGUUCCAUCAAGUGCGUGUUGGUGGGUGACAGCGCUGUGGGGAAAACCUCCCUGUUGGUGCGUUUCACCUCCGAGACCUUCCCCGAGGCCUAUAAGCCCACGGUGUACGAGAACACGGGUGUGGACGUCUUCAUGGACGGCAUCCAGAUCAGCCUGGGCCUCUGGGACACUGCUGGCAAUGAUGCCUUCAGAAGCAUCCGCCCCCUGUCCUACCAGCAGGCCGACGUGGUGCUGAUGUGCUAUUCCGUGGCCAACCAUAACUCGUUCCUGAACUUGAAGAACAAGUGGAUUGGUGAAAUCAGGAGCAACCUGCCCUGUACCCCAGUGCUGGUGGUAGCCACCCAGACCGACCAGCGGGAAGUGGGGCCCCACAGGGCCUCCUGCAUCAAUGCCAUAGAAGGGAAGAAACUGGCCCAGGAUGUGCGAGCCAAGGGCUACCUGGAGUGCUCAGCCCUCAGCAACCGGGGAGUGCAGCAGGUGUUUGAGUGUGCUGUCCGGACUGCCGUCAACCAGGCCAGGCGACGAAACAGAAGGAGGCUCUUCUCCAUCGAGUGCAAGAUCUUCUAAUCCCCAGGACACUUCACCCAACAUUCAGGAACACAUGCCAAAGAAUGAUGGGAAGGGGGGAAGCAGGCAAGAUGGGAAGGUCGGUGCUGAUUCCAGGCACCCCCCAGCAGCCCUUCCUGUUGGAUACAGCUGUUGAGACUGGGCCAGUGGAUGUUUUCACUAACUACAAAGAACACCUCACACAAUAUGAUCAGAGAAACAAACCCCUUGGGAAGCUGUAAUGGAUAGUUCAUCUUCAAUUAAAAAAACUAAAAUGUCCUUCAUAAUUUUGGACAAUGAAGUGAGUUUUCCAAGCAUUCCAUAAUUAAAGACACACUUUAUUUAAAUAAUAACAAACCAUGCAGCUCUUGUAUAUAAUUAGUUUUCACACUUGGGAAGUCUUUUCCUACUUACUUACAAACUGCUGUAUGAAUGAAAUAACCUCAUGGGGCUUCGCCAUAUGUUUAUAGUGUUAUUUUUAACACUAUAACCUGAAUCAGUAGUUCUGUCAAAACCACUUGCCUGCUGGAUUUUCCUAGGUAAUCGAAUUUUAAAAUGACCAUUAACUGAUUCUUGCAAUCCAUUUUCCACUUACCUGUUAUUUAGAGUUGUAUAUAGAAUACGGUUCCAUAAACAUAUUUCCCUACUUGCCUAAUGAUUUUCCACAGUUACCACCGUAUUUCAUUGUAAUUGUAAAAAAGCAUUUCUUAUAUGCCAUCUUACCUUCCACCCAAAGAAUCCCAGUUGUGCACUAAGUUUUCCUCAGUCGUCCGUUCCCCAGGUCCCUUGGAAGGGAAAUGCUUCCAGCAGGGAAUCACACUGCUUCAGACAAUGGCAGCAGGACGUGGAACAGGAGUGAGAGCUCAUGCUCACUUCAGGGACCUCUGCUCUUUGCCUGUCACUUCUGACAUGGUGGCUCUGAGUGGCUGAAGGUCUUGUGAAAGUAGGCAGGCAUGAAGUUCUGCUUGGUGGUUCAUUUGACAAACUUGUUUUCCAACUCUAAACUGCCUGGCAUGACAACAUGCUUUAUGAAUUUUAGGAUCUAAUUCUGAGUAAUUGAGAAAGUGCCUGUAUAGGUGUGUGCAAGGAGAAAAGGUAGAAUUCAUAGCUUUUACUAUUUCAUGAAUAUAAAUUCUUGAGUGAAAAAUCAAAACCAAUAAAUCCCAAGCACAGCUGUGAAGAAAUUGCUCGGGUAAUUACUCUUUGUUAAGAGUUACUGGGGAUAAUACUAAAUAAAUAGGGAUGAACACACACACACACCCCUAAACCCCUAUUCUAUCUAAUAGCUUAAAAGCAUGAUGUUGUUUAUCUGUUAAAACUUUUAAUAGAAUUCUAUGUAACUUGAAUAAAUUGUGAAGAUAUAUAAUUUACUCUACCCAGAUAUGUCGUUUUCUGCCUCAAUCAAAUAAAACUGAGAGUCACCUGAACCACA